AUGGAGGAAAAGAAAAUUACUUUGAAACGUAAUGCUGCAUUGGGAGAAGGCGCUUACGGCUCCGUGUUUAGGGGGGAGUUUGAAGGCCGUCAAGUCGCAGUAAAAAGAAUUCUCCUAAACAAAUUCAAUGAAAACGAAGAAGAAUCUUUGCGAAAACUGGAUCACCCAAACAUUAUCAAACUUUUUCAUAGUGAAAGUGACAACGAGUUCAGUUACAUUGCAUUAGAAUUGUGUGAUGCCUCGUCGGAACAACUUUUUCUGAAGUCGGAUGAUCCCAAAAAGUACAAUGGACCAAUGCCAUGUCAUAUCGAAGUGUUUCGUCAAUUAGCUUCAGGUCUUGAAUACAUCCAUUCGAAGGAAUUAAUUCAUCGAGAUAUUAAACCAGAGAAUGUUCUCAUUUCCGUUCGUUCAACUGGCCGAGCCCAUGAGGUAACAAUCAAAUGGGCUGAUUUUGGGUUGUCUAAAACAGUAAAUAAACGAGGGACGUGCACGCUGAGCGGAAUCAAAGGAACAAAAAAUUGGCUCGCUCCCGAGACCCUGAAAUGCUUCAAAAACAAACAAAGGGCAGGUGAGCUUCGAGGUACCGUUCAGAGCGACGUGUUUGUCCUAUGCCUUGUCUUCUGUUAUAUUCUUCUGAAUGGAAACCAACUCUACGGUUCUAGUGAACAUAAUGUUGGCAAAAACAUAAGAAACGGAAAUCCGAUAAACAUGCAGAGUAACUCCCACUUUACGGCUUGUGUACUUUUAAAAAUGUUGGAGGACGACCCUAACAAAAGGAUUACAUCAAAAGAAGUCGUCAAGCAGCUUAGUUUCAUCAAAGUAAAGCUCGAUGCCAAGGAAGAAGAAUUGCGACAACUUUUACGCGCUCGUGACUUUUCGGACGCUCAUAUCUUAAAAAUGAAAGAUUUUACUGUGUUUGGAAUCAACGUGAACCACGACGAUGGAUGGAGAGCGCUUCAUUGUUUAUAUCGUUCUCAUUCAAGCUCAAAUUUAAAGGACGCUGUUGAAAUUUUAAUCCUAUUGAAAAUUGACGUGAACUCAAAAGACACAGAUGGAUGGAAUGCUCUUCAUUAUUUGUGUCGAUAUAACUCAAGCUCACAAUUUCUCGACACAAUUAAAAUCUUAAUCCAACAGAGCAUUGACUUGAACGCAAAGAACAAAUUUGGAUGGAACGUGCUCCACCAUUUGUGUUGGAAUAAUUCAAAUACAAAUUUCUUAGACGCAAUUCAACUUUUUGUUGUGACCGUGGUUAAAGGACUUUUAUUUCACUGA